GAAACUCGAUACUCGGCCCUCAGUUACUGCUGGGGUGAUGUCAAACCUCCAUGCCUAACCACAGCCGGCAACCACGACAAGCAGUUCACCAAGAUCGACUGGGAGCAGGUUCCCCAGACUUUCAAAGAAGCAAUAAUAUUCACUCGCAACCUUGGACUGGAAUACAUAUGGAUCGAUUCGAUGUGUAUAAUACAAGAAGGGGAUGGUCAGGCCGAUUGGAACCAGGAAUGCACCCGCAUGUUUAACUACUACUCUAAUGCUUACAUCACACUCGGGGCACUGCUUGCUAGAAAUUGCGGCGAAGGGCUCUUUUCUAAGGAGGCCUUACGAAAGCAACAUCUCUUCGACAUCAUGUUUCGGGGCUGCAGGUCGUCCGUUUUCGCUUUCCGGCUCGUUGACGAGGACUGGGAAUUUCUUCAUGCACAUCGCGGAUGGUUCUCUCGAGGAUGGAGUCUUUUGAGACGAGGCUGGGCCUAUCAGGAGCGGCUUGUCGCACCGCGCGUUCUCUUUUUCACCAAAACCCAACUGAUCUUUGACUGCUUCUCCUGUUGCACGUCGGAAGGGAAAUCUUUCGAAUCUCCCCUUUCUCGAGAGGACCCCAAUCUAAAGGAACAGUAUGGAGCACUCUUGAACGGUAGCUCGGAGCAUCUUACCCAGACGUGGCAAGACAUUGUCCAAAGCUACAGUGGUCUGCAACUGACUAAACCUCUGGAUAAAUUACCAGCGAUUGCCGCUAUAGCACAGCAAGUCUUCUCGCGACAAAAAUGCAACGACGAUUCAGAUACUGAGUAUCUAUGCGGGUUGCGGAAAUCACACCUACAUGUCGAUUUGCUAUGGGAACCCGAACCUUUCGAGAGAACAAUCAGUCGAGAUCGUGAGGAAGCGAAGUACAUAGCUCCUUCCUGGUCGUGGGCAUCC